AUGACCGUAGUAGCAGGAGAUAACAUGGACGAGACUUCGGCUGUGCCUGGCCACCCUCAGGACACCUACCCUCCAGACCACAACGACCAUGAAUGCUGCGAGAGGGUGGUCAUCAACAUAGCUGGUCUCCGGUUUGAGACGCAGCUGAAAACUCUCUCCCAGUUUCCAGAGACGUUGCUGGGCAACCCCAAAAAGCGGAUGCGGUACUUUGACCCUCUGAGAAACGAGUACUUCUUUGACAGAAACCGCCCCAGCUUUGAUGCCAUCCUCUAUUACUACCAGUCUGGUGGCCGGCUGAGAAGACCAGUGAAUGUCCCUUUGGAUAUGUUCUCGGAAGAAAUCAAAUUUUACGAGCUGGGAGUGGAGGCAAUGGAGAAGUUUCGUGAGGAUGAGGGUUUCAUCAGGGAGGAAGAGCGCCCUUUACCAGAGAGGGAGUUCCAGCGUCAAAUUUGGCUCCUCUUCGAGCACCCAGAAAGCUCAGGCACCGCCAGAGGGAUUGCCAUCGUGUCUGUGAUGGUGAUCCUGAUUUCAAUAGUUAUAUUUUGUUUAGAGACUUUACCACAGCUGAAAGAGGACCCAACAAGUCGAGUAGUCGGGAACUCUACCAUUUAUUACAAGCCAAAUAUCCUCACUGACCCCUUCUUCGUCAUUGAGACACUCUGUAUAAUCUGGUUCUCCUUUGAGUUGAUAGUACGCUUUCUGGCGUGCCCAAGUAAACCGGCCUUCUUCAAGAACAUGAUGAACAUGAUCGACAUAGUGGCUAUCAUCCCUUACUUCAUUACACUUGGCACCGAGUUGGCUGAAGACCCAGAAAGUGAAGGGGUGGGGGAGCAAGCAACAUCUCUGGCCAUACUCAGGGUGAUCCGUCUGGUCAGGGUGUUUAGGAUCUUCAAGCUGUCACGACACUCCAAAGGACUUCAGAUUUUGGGGCAGACCCUCAAGGCCAGCAUGCGAGAGCUGGGAUUGCUGAUCUUCUUUCUGUUCAUUGGAGUCAUCUUGUUCUCCAGCGCUGUCUACUUUGCCGAGGCAGAGGAGCAAGGAUCCUACUUCGGCAGCAUCCCAGAUGCAUUUUGGUGGGCUGUUGUGUCUAUGACAACUGUGGGCUAUGGGGACAUGGUCCCGGUCACUAUAGGAGGCAAGAUUGUAGGAUCUCUGUGCGCCAUCGCCGGAGUGUUGACAAUUGCACUCCCAGUGCCUGUCAUUGUGUCCAACUUCAACUACUUCUACCACAGGGAGACCGAGGGAGAAGAGCAGGCCCAGCUGCUGAACGUCAGCAAUCCCAACAUCCCCUCUGAAACCAACUCAAGCCGCCGUAGUUCAUCCACCGUCAGCAAGUCAGAGUAUAUGGAGAUUGAUGGAGACAUAAACAAUAGCAUCGACAACUUUAGGGAGGCAAACCUCAGAACUGGCAAUUGCACUAUAGCCAACCAAAACUGUGUAAAUAAAAGCAAGCUGCUUACAGAUGUUUAG